AUAAAGCGUCGUUAGGUCGAUUGCGGUGUGUGAGCGUCAACAAUGGCUUCUUCGUCUUCAACAUCGGGUUCAGCUUCAGGUUCGGCGGUGACGGAGCGAAGAGGAAUACCAGGAGCUCAGUUCGUUGAAGAUGUUCAAACUUAUCUCACUCAAUCGGGUCUCGAUGUUGGCUCAGCCCUCGCUUUUCUCCAAGAAAGACUUCAGCAAUACAAGGUUGUUGAAAUGAAGCUUCUUGCUCAGCAAAGGGAUCUUCAGGCAAAGAUACCAGAUAUUGAAAAGUGCUUAGACGUUGUUGCUACAUUGCAAGCUAAGAAGGGUACUGGUGAGGAACUUAUUGCUGAUUUUGAAGUAUCAGAAGGCAUAUAUUCACGAGCACGCAUAGAAGAAACUAAUUCUGUGUGUUUAUGGCUGGGAGCAAAUGUUAUGCUGGAAUAUACAUUAGAAGAGGCUACUGGUCUUCUACAGAAGAACCUUGAUAAUGCUAGAGCCAGUUUGGAAGUUCUUAUUGCUGAUCUACAGUUCUUGAGGGACCAGGUGACAAUUACUCAGGUUACAAUUGCUCGCGUGUAUAAUUGGGACGUUCAUCAACGGAGAAUUCAACAAGCUGUUGCCACAACUGCUCAAGAAUAGUAGAAAGGAGAAUUUAUUCACUCGUAGUUCUAAAAUUGGGCACUUAUACCUUUUGUUUAGAGUAUGAUUCUAAUUUAGAUAAUUUGUGGGUUGCUCCCUGACUCUAGUUCCGGUUUCACCACAGUAGACACCAAUAGGAACCUAUUUUAUAUAUUUAUGUGGAUUAAUAUUUUGAUCUCUUGUAAAAUGCCCAUGUGGGUUGAUGGGAAAGUUUUGGUUUGGUGUGAUCAUAUGGACAUAUUCUACUCUGCAAUGCGGUUUCAAUUGUUUAAGUUCA